AUGACUGUGGAGGAACAGAUGGAAAGAAUAAAGAGACACCAACAAGCUUGCCUGAGAGAGAAGAGAAAAGGACUCAAUAUUAUUGGCAUUUCAGAGCCGUCUCCUUCACAGAGUCUGUCAUUUGUCAGAGAUAAUCCAUUCAAAUUGGCACAGAAUCGAAAAAAGGAUGAUACUGUAUCUAGUAACAUGAAGGAAUUAGAAAGCACCAGUAAAGAAAAUAAUUUGAAACAAAAUAAUGAAAGCCCUGGUGAAGAAAUAGCGCAACUAAAACAUGAUGGAGAACACGAACAUAAUUCAGGUUUUACUAAAGAGCUGACAAAAACUGAUGAUCUUUUAUCAGAUGCACAUGUUGUAUCUGACUCAAAAGAAGUGAGUAAUGAAGAGAAAGCAGAAAAGGAAAAGAAAAAUAAAUUGGAAGAAACACAUGAUGGUGAUAUAAGCUUGCAGAGUGUGACCACAGUUACAAACCACAAACCAAAAACCAGCUCAGAAGAAAGUGAAGUAGUUAGUGCUCAAGAACAAGAAGGGAUUAUGUCUUCAUUUGAAGUAGCAGCAGAGUCUUCAAAAGGAAAUCAGGCAACAGCAGUGAAAAGUUUGCCUUCUUCACCAGAAUCGUCAUUGUCACCAGCUCCAUCUACACAGACACAGCUCACAGAAGGAUCACAUUUCAUCACUAAUGGCUUCUGUUGAAACAAUUCAUGCCUGAGAUGUAUGGAUCUGACCUAUGAAAAUAUGAGAAGAUAUUGUACAGUAUAUUUUAAAUCUAUGAAAUUCAUAGUUCUGAUGCUUUUGGCCACAGAGCAUCAUUUUAUCGCUUCCUGGAAAAUGUUUAUUCCGAGAGAGCUUUAAAUGGCCCACAUGUACACUCAACAACCUUCAGAUUGUUCUCCUGAUACCAGCUUGCUGCUAUGAUUUCUGUGCACAUAAAAUAAAGGCUCUUUUUUAAUGUGCAGCCUA